UUUAUAACUAACGCACAUGUGCAUGGGUUAGCGUUCUUUUUUCUCCUCGGUGCAUCCGCGACGUUCGUCGUCGCCCAGCAGUAAUCAUUGACGAAUACUUGAAACGGCUUUGGGAGGGCGCCCUUGCGCUUUGCCAUCCGAUGGCUGCGCUCGUCCAGCGCGCUUCGUUCAAGUUUGACUGGGCGUAUGCAGAGGAUAUCCCUGGGACUCGAUGUGGGCCCGACGAUGGGCCAUGGCCGCGGUCGUAUCAGGUGCUGAACGAGGACGAGGUGUGGAAGGAGCUGAGGACACUGGCGAAGCCGCAGAGCGUGGCGCUUGGCAAGGGACGAGCUGACAGCGUCAAUUUCCAGCCGUCACCGUCGACUAAGACACAGGAUCGAUACGUCGUGAAGAAACUACGGGUGGGGACCCGUGACUGGUCACUGACCGGUGUCUUUGACGGCCAUUUGGGUGACGUUACUGUCGAGCACGUUUCUUACCAUCUUCCUAUAAUCGUUGCCGAGUUCCUGCAGAACGCGUAUAAAGCUGACCCGACGCGGCUGGACGACCCUGCAUUUAUAUCGGACCUGUUUUCGCGCUCGAUUGUCGCCUUUGACGAUGCCAUCGCCGGCGACGUGUUGGAUCUCUUUGGUGGCAUCGAGGGCCUCGCUCAGUACUCGGAUGCCGAUAUCCGCAGAGUCAUCAACGAUCACCACCAAGGAGGUGCGAAUUUCCGCAAAGCAAGGCUAAAUAUGUACGGGACAACUGCCCUUGUCGCCUUGGUUGACCCUGACCACGGUAACCUUUGGGUGGCGAACCUGGGAGACUGUCAAGCGACCCUGGUUACGGCUUCGCAAACCGACCCCGACGCGUGGGACAUCAAGGUCCUGACUACGGAACACAAUGGAUAUAACGCUGCUGAGAUCGAGCGUGUUCGUCAGCAACAUCCAGACGAACCGGAGUGUGUCAUCGACGGUCGCGUCCUCGGCGCACUGGCGCCUUUCCGUUGCCUUGGCGAUACACCGUUCAAACAGCCACCGGAGUUUACCCGUCGGAUCCUCUACAACCUAUCCCCGGGAUUUCCAGACACCUCUCCUUGGGAGGAGUUUCUUGUACGAAACCGCACGCCACCGUACAUAUCUACUGAGCCCGAGAUUGUGCACACGCAGCUCGGAGCUGAUCCGUCCUGUCCAGAGCGCUCGAGAUUCCUCAUCUUAGCCUCUGAUGGAUUUGUUGACUUGUGCGGCAAUGAAGGUCAGGAAAAGAUUGUCAGAGAUUGGGUGCGGGGCAUGCAAGCUAACGAGGAGACUCACCCUGGUUCAGGGAAUAUGGCGCUGAGGCUUCUGCGCCGCGCACUGGGUGGCGAAGACAGGUUUAAAGUGUCCAAGGUGUUGACACUCAACAUGGACGUGGCAUGGAUCGACGAUACCGCUAUCGUCGUCCAAACAUUAUGAUUCUACGCAUCGUAAGGUCUCUUUGUGGAUUUCUCUUUGGGGGGCAUUUUUGUUGUCGAUACUUAUUUCUUUUCGCACGCUUGCACACCACACCAUUCUAGCAUACAUUCUUAAUCUCGGCAUACCGUACAUUUCACAUAUUCCCCUGUUGUUGUAGCUGUGUUUUACGCUUGCUGUGUCCAACUGCUUUGUUUCAUGAUGUACCUAACAAACUAUCAUUCUUCAUACUGUCCAUCGUUCAAUACAAUAGCUUAUCAUUCAUUCAA